ACAUCUGAACAUAACAAACCAAACAAGCAAACUCUUACACCAUCACUACCACCACAUUUUACACAAAGGAAUGACACUGUACAUGGAUUUCAAGCAAGCUAAAAAGAAAAGGAACUGAUUAGACCUCAGAUUGUCCACUAAACGGGAUGACGGCCACCGCUGCAGUGGAAACACCAAAAAUGAAGAAGAGUGCCUCCAAGGAAGAGAAGCAACAGCCUAAGCAAGAUAGCACAGAGCAGGGUAAUGCUGAUUAUGAAGAGUGGUUGAGCCCUGAGACUGAUACUGAGCAUCUUAACCUUAAAAGUAUAAACAAUGAUAACAGCUGCCAACUUGGAGAUGUUCAAUUGAAGAAAAAGGAGAUUCCCUCUAAGUCACAUCGUCAGCUCUGCAGAUCACCCUGCCUAGAUCAUCCAAGCUUCUCCCAGAGCAGCAUUCUACAGGAUGGGAAGCUUGACUUGGAAAAAGAAUACCAAGCCAAGAUGGAUUUUGCUUUAAAGUUGGGUUAUGCAGAAGAACAGAUUCAAUCAGUGCUGAAUAAGUUGGGUCCAGAAUCACUUAUUAAUGAUGUAUUGGCAGAGCUUGUCAGACUUGGGAACAAAGGUGAUUUGGAAGGGCAGGUCAACUUGAGUGUGUCAAUGCCUCGAGGGCCCAGCUCCAGAGAGAUUGCAAGUCCUGAAUUGUCUCUUGAAAAUGAAAUAGACAACAGUGACAAUUUAAGGCCAGUUGUCAUAGAUGGAAGUAAUGUGGCAAUGAGUCAUGGAAAUAAAGAAGAGUUCUCUUGCAGAGGAAUACAACUUGCUGUGGAUUGGUUUCUAGAUAAAGGCCAUAAAGACAUUACUGUAUUUGUGCCUGCAUGGAGAAAGGAGCAAUCCCGCCCUGAUGCACCAAUUACAGAUCAAGAUAUCCUACGUAAACUGGAGAAAGAAAAGAUUCUUGUCUUCACACCAUCCCGAAGGGUCCAGGGCAGGAGAGUUGUUUGCUAUGAUGAUCGGUUCAUAGUCAAGCUGGCUUUUGAUUCUGAUGGCAUCAUUGUAUCCAAUGAUAACUAUCGAGACCUUCAAGUAGAAAAGCCAGAAUGGAAGAAGUUUAUAGAGGAGCGGUUGCUGAUGUAUUCUUUUGUGAAUGACAAAUUUAUGCCUCCAGAUGAUCCUUUAGGACGCCAUGGCCCAAGCCUUGAAAAUUUCUUAAGAAAGAGACCCGUUGUUCCUGAGCACAAGAAGCAGCCAUGCCCUUAUGGCAAAAAAUGCACCUAUGGUCACAAGUGCAAAUACUACCAUCCAGAGCGGGCCAACCAACCCCAGCGUUCAGUGGCUGAUGAGCUCCGUAUCAGUGCCAAACUGUCCACAGUGAAAACCAUGAGCGAAGGCACUCUGGCCAAGUGUGGCACAGGGCUGUCCAGUGCCAAAGGUGAGAUAACCUCAGAAGUCAAACGUGUGGCCCCCAAGCGCCAAUCGGAUCCCAGCAUCCGGUCCGUUGCUGUGGAGCCUGAGGAAUGGCUGUCCAUUGCUCGUAAGCCUGAGGCCAGUUCUGUCCCCUCACUUGUGACGGCUCUAAGUGUCCCCACAAUCCCAACCCCUAAAAGCCAUGCAGUGGGUGCACUCAACACUCGUUCAGCUAGUAGCCCGGUGCCAGGAUCCUCUCAUUUCUCCCACCAGAAGUCCUCAUUGGAGCACAUGACUAGCAUGCAGUAUCCCCCCAUCCUGGUUACCAAUAGCCAUGGGACCCCUAUUAGCUAUGCUGAGCAAUACCCAAAGUUUGAGUCCUUGGGGGACCAUAGCUACUAUUCAGUGUUAGGUGACUUCUCCAAACUGAGCAUCAAUAGCAUGCAUAAUCGAGAUUACUACAUGGCUGAAGCAGACCGAGGGUUGUAUGCCCGGAAUCCCAGCCUCUGUCCUGAUAAUCGUAUGAGCCAUACCAGGAACGACAACUAUUCUUCUUACAACAACCUGUAUUUGGCUGUAGCUGAUACUCACUCUGAAGGCAGUUUGAAGCUGCAUCGCUCAGCCUCUCAGAACCAUCUUCAGCCUUUUCCUCACGGUUACCAUGAAGCCUUAACGCGAGUGCAGAGCUAUGGCCCAGAGGAUUCUAAGCAAGCCCCCCACAAGCAGUCAGUCCCCCACUUAGUUCUGCAUGCUCAGCACCCAGCAACUGGAGCACGCUCCAGCUGUCCUGGAGACUAUCCCAUGCCUCCCAAUAUCCAUCCUGGAGCAACCCCCCAGCCAGGACGUGCCCUGGUGAUGACUCGGAUGGACAGCAUUUCUGAUUCCCGCCUAUAUGAGAGCAACCCCAUGAGGCAAAGACGCCCUCCCCUCUGCCGGGAACAACAUGCCAGCUGGGACCCACUGCCCUGUGCAACCGACUCCUAUGGAUAUCACUCCUAUCCCUUGAGUAACAGCCUCAUGCAACCAUGCUAUGAGCCAGUCAUGGUACGGAGCGUGCCUGAAAAGAUGGAGCAGCUUUGGAGGAAUCCUUGGGUUGGAAUGUGCAAUGAUUCCAGGGAGCAUGUGAUCCCAGAGCACCAGUAUCAGACCUACAAGAACCUCUGCAAUAUUUUCCCUUCAAACAUCGUCCUUGCAGUGAUGGAGAAGAAUCCCCACACAGCAGAUGCCCAGCAACUGGCAGCCUUGAUUGUUUCUAAGCUUAGGGCUGCACGUUGACAUGA